CGCCGGGAGAGGCGGCGGGAGCGCACGGCGGAGCCGCUCCGGGCUGGGCUGGGCUGCGCUGCGCUGCUGCGCUCCGCGGGUGCGCUCGGGCCAUGCGUGCCGGGCUCCCCGGGGCCGGGCCGCCCCGCUCCGCGCCGCCGCGGGGGCCCGGCUCUCCGCCGGCCGCGGGGGCAUGAGGCGGCGGGCGGCGGGCGGCGGCGCCGGCCCUUCCCCUGCGAGCCGCCGCCGGAGGAUGAAGCAGCAUGAGGAUGUGUGACAGAGGCGUCCAGAUGCUCGUCACCACGGUGGGAGCCUUCGCAGCCUUCAGCCUGAUGACCAUCGCCGUGGGCACUGACUACUGGCUCUACUCGCGCGGCGUGUGCAGGACUAAGUCCAUGAGUGACAACGACACGAGCCGCAAGAACGAGGAGGUGAUGACCCACUCGGGGCUCUGGAGGACGUGCUGCCUGGAAGGAACCUUCCGAGGAGUGUGCAAGAAAAUCGACCACUUCCCUGAGGAUGCAGACUACGAGCAGGACACGGCCGAGUAUCUCCUCCGUGCAGUGAGAGCAUCCAGCAUCUUCCCCAUCCUCAGUGUGGGGCUGCUGUUCUUCGGGGGCCUGUGCGUGGCUGCCAGCGAGUUCUACAAGAGCAAACACAACGUCAUCCUCAGCGCUGGCAUCUUCUUUGUCUCUGCAGGACUCAGCAACAUCAUCGGGAUCAUCGUCUACAUCUCGGCCAACGCGGGGGACCCGGGCCAGAGCGACUCCAAGAAGAGCUACUCCUACGGCUGGUCCUUCUACUUCGGGGCACUGUCCUUCAUCAUCGCCGAGAUGGUGGGGGUGAUCGCCGUGCACAUGUACAUCGAGAAGCACCGCCAGAUCCGCGCCAGGUCGCACUCGGAGCUGCUCAAGAAGUCGGCCUUCACCCGCCUGCCGCCCUACAGGUACCGCUUCCGCCGGCGGUCCAGCUCCCGCUCCACCGAGCCCCGCUCCCGGGACAUGUCGCCCAUCAGCAAAGGCUUCAGCACCAUCCCCUCCACCGACAUCUCCAUGUUCACCCUCUCCAGGGAUCCCUCCAAGGUCACCAUGGGGACGCUGCUCAACUCGGAGCGGGACCACGGUUUUUUACAGGUGCACAACUCCAUCCCCAAAGAGUUCAAGGAGUCUUUGCACAACAACCCGGCCAACAGACGAACCACGCCGGUCUGAGGCGGGCUGGGCCGCGGGCAGGCUGCAUGGCAUCACCCUCGUGACGGUGUAACCUGUGAAACCCCGUUUUUAAGGACAAACCCAGAGGCUCCCUGCCCUGCGGGGCUGGUUUUUCACUCCUGAAAUUGCUACUGGCCGGGCCAGGCCGCUGUGCCUGCGCUGGGGAGGGGACGGGGCCGCGCUGGGACCCUGGCCCCGGUGCCUGCGGACUGAGCGGGCUCCAGCCCCCGGGACUGCAGCUUCCCGAGGUGUCCAUCGUUCGUGUGGUCAUAACCGCAGUGUUCCCAUAGCCGUGUGUCCAUGGAAAUGCUGCCACAGCCCUGUCUGUGAGAACCCUUAACCCGGUAGUUGCAUUUCAGUGGGAUCGCCUGGGAGUGCGGAGCUGGAAGCACCGAGCUCGUGCCGGAGCCAUGCUUGUGUUCCGAACCCCUUUCCCUGUCGUGCUGGACAGAGUGCUCGGGCUGGGCUCCUCUAUGGCGUUUCGUGCAUGCAUUAAAUAGCUUGGAAUUCAA